AUGGUAACUCUCGCUGAGCAGCUGCUCCAGGGGGCGCCGUGGUCUGCACACUGCUUCCACAUCCUCUCAGCUGCGUUGCUGAUGUCAUCGUGGUGCGUUCAGGGUCUGCGGGUCGAAGUGGUUCCCAGACAGCCUCUGUUCAGGCUGGCGGAGCGUCAGCAGCUGGUUUGCUGCGUUCAGGAUUGUUCACUGAUGCCGAGCAUCUCCUGGUCUCUGCCCGGGGAUCGACCUCUGACCGCCGCGGUCACCACCAACACCAGCUGCUCUGUGUUGACCUUUGACCCUGUGAUGAUGGAGCAUGAGGGUGCUCUGCUGUGCAAAGUCGACUGUGGAGGAGACAGGAAGCAGAUCCUAACCAACGUGCACGUGUACUCCCCCCCAUCAGCCCCUCUGAUCCGAGGCCAGGACCACUUGAGACUGGGGGUGGAGUCCGGCCUGACCUGUCAGGUGUCCGACCUCCACCCCUCAGAGCUGCUCACCCUCACCUGGUUCCACGGGGACAGAGCCGUGCAGAGCGUGGUCGGCGAGCCCGGGUCCAGCUCGGUCUGGUCCGAGUACCGGUUCACUCCUCAGGACCAGGACUCGGGGGCCAACCUCAGCUGCAGGGCCACGCUGGACCUGCUGAGGCUGCCGCCUCAGAUCCGGACCAGAGAGACCAGGAUCUGCCUCCACCUGCUCCAUGCUCCUGUCGUGACGUGGAUCUCCGACUCGGUGGUGGUCAUGGUCAACUCCUCGCUCACGGUCAGCUGUUCAGCGGCGGGAAACCCCGAGCCGGAGGUCACCUGGAGCUUCAGGACCACGGACGGUCGCUCGCUCCUGCGGGGGCGUGGCCAACAGCUGGUCGUCAAGGCGAUGAGUCUGUUGGACGCUGGACGCUACGAGUGUGACGCCCGGAACAGCGAGGGAAGCCAGACCGCUGCGCUGGACGUCACUGUGCACGCUCCACCCACCAACACCUCCAUCUCUGUGAGUCCCGGUGAGGACGUGGUGGAAGGUCAACAGGUCAACAUCACCUGCCGAUCAGACGGAGCUCCGCCCACCACGCUGGUUCUGACGAGGGAUUGGGCGGAGCUUCAGAGGACUGACCCCGCCUCAUCUUCAUCACUCUCCUUCAGCCUCUCUACAGCCUUAAUGCGAGACUCCGCCCUCUACAAGUGUGAAGCGGCCAAUCAGUACGGAGUACAGCAGGUGACCACCUCCGUCAGGGUCAAAGCUCACGCUCUGCAGGCGGAGCUGAGUCCCCAGCGCCCGGCGGCAGAGCGAGGUGCAGAUCUGCUCCUCACCUGCAGGGGGUCCGGGUGUCUGCACCCCCCCACCCUCACCUGGAGGGCCGAGGGCCGGAGCGUCCUCCAGAGGACGCAGCAGCAGGACGGUCUGUCCCUGCUUCACCUGCCGGGCCUUGACCUCCAGGACCAGGGAGGCUACAGCUGCGAGGCCGAGUGCGACGCCGUCAUCAGGACCAGAACCGUCCGGGUCCAGGUCUACUCGUUUCCAUCGGAUCCGGUUCUGAUCGACCCCGGUCCCGUCCUGUUGGGUCAGCAGGCCGUCCUUCGCUGUGAUGUCAUUAAUGUCUUUUCCACCAAUCAGCUGAGGAUCCACUGGCUGUUGGGGAAAACUGCUCUGAUGUCAGAGUCCUUCGGGUUCUACGGUUCUUUACAGAACGUCUCCUCUGUUCUUCGUCACCUGGUGGAGGCGGAGCAGCAGCUUGUGACCUGCAGGGCGGAGCUGCUGACUGAUGACAGUGACCUGUGGCGGUCCAGGAGGACGAGUGUUCGUCUGCAAGUCCACUACGCUCCGAGGAGAACCUCCCUCUCCGUGAGUCCCGGGGGGGGCAUGGUGGAAGGUCAACAGGUCAACAUCAGCUGCAGCUCCGACGGAGCUCCGCCCAGCACUCUGGUGCUGAGGAGGGAUGGGGCGGAGCUCCAGAGAAGUGAUGCUGCCUCCUCAUCCUCGCUCUUCCUCAGCCUGUCUUCUGCCUCGCUGGAAGACUCCGCCUUCUACCAGUGUGAAGCGUCCAAUCAGUACGGAGCACAGCUGGUGUCCAGCUCUCUCAGGGUCAAAGCUCCUCCCAGAAACACGACCGUCCUCGUCCUGCCGUCCACCGUCGUCCACGAGGGACAGGACGUCACCGUCUGCUGCCAAACCAUCAGCUUCCCUCCGGCGGCCAUGACUCUGAGGAAACUGACCAAUGGGACGGAGCUGUUUUCCCUCAACGGCACCUUCCUAUUGGUCAACGUCACGGCCAGAGACUCUGGCUUGUACCAGGUCAACGUGACCAACGACCUCGGAUACCAGGUCAAAGUUUUCAGCAUCAGUGUCAGAGAGAGAAGUCCUGAUCUUCAUCCUCGUCUCAGCGUCGUCAUCAUCACGCUCCUGAUAUUCGCCGCAGCAGCUAUUUCUCUGCUGCUCGACUUGCUGAGGAGAUCCAGGAAGAGAGGUUUCUAUUCGCUGAGCCGCUCGGCUCCGCCCUCCGCCUGAGGCUCCGCCCUCCGCCUGAGAGCCCGCCCUCCGCCUGAGGCCCCCUGCUGGCUUCAACGUGUCUCUGCAGAACGACGCCUGAUUCGUCGAACUGUCUCCUGACGUUAUCACAUGUUCAAAUGUUCCAGUCUGACACGCGGCCGUCAUUUCCCAGCAUGCUCAGCAGCUGACACUCUUUUUUAUGAACUUACUCACAGAUACUUUACUUUGUCGCCAGUCUGU